AUGUAUGAGGACUGCGUCAAGUCCACUGAGGACUAUUAUUUUGUCUGUGAAAACGAGGGCACGUGGGGCAUUGUGCUCGAGUCCUUGGCAAUAAUCGGCAUAGUGGUCACAAUUAUACUACUCUUGGCGUUCCUCUUCCUCCUGCGAAGGGUUCAAGACUGCUGCCUGUGGAAUACCCUCCCCACUCAGAUCCUCUUCCUCCUGGGUGUGCUGGGACUCUUCAGCCUUGCCUUUGCCUUCGUCGCUCAGUUCAAUCAGCAAACUGCCCCUGUGCGCUACUUUCUCUUUGGGGUUCUCUUUGCUAUCUGUUUCUCAUGCCUCUUGGCUCAUGCCUCCAACCUGGUGAAGCUGGUCCGAGGUAGAGUCUCCCUCUGUUGGACAACAAUUCUGUGCAUCGCUAUUGGUGUCAGCUUGUUGCAGGUGAUCAUUGCCAUUGAGUACGUGACUCUCAUGAUGACCAGGGGCAUGAUGUUUAUGCAUAUGGCCCCUUGUGAGCUCAACAUGGACUUUGUUGUCCUCCUGGUAUAUGUCCUCUUCCUGAUGGCCCUCACCUUCUUCGUCUCCAAAGCCACUUUCUGUGGCCCAUGUGAGAACUGGAAGCAACACGGAAGACUCAUCUUUGUCACUGUGCUCAUCUCCAUCAUUAUCUGGGUGGUGUGGAUCUCCAUGCUCCUGAGAGGCAACCCACAGCUCCAGCGGCAGCCCCAGUGGGAUGACCCCGUCAUCUGUAUUGCCCUGGUCACCAAUGCAUGGGUUUUCCUGUUGCUGUACAUCAUACCGGAGCUCUGCAUUCUCUACAGAUCGACCAAGCAGAACUGCCCUUUACCAGGAAACACCUGCCCUGCCCCAGCCUAUCAAUGCAGCUUCAGAGUGGAGAACCAGGAACUCUCAAGAGCCCGAGACAGUGAUGGAGCUGAGGAGGAUGUAGCAUUAACUUCAUAUGGUACCCUCAUUCAGCCGCAGACUGUUGAUCCCACACAAGAGUGUUUCAUCCCACCAGCUAAACCAAGCCCCCAGCAAGAUGCAGAAAUAUGA